CAAAGAUGGCGGACGCUGCGAACAAGAAGCUGAUGAAAGACAUUGCCAGGGUGAGUCUCCCCGGCCUGCACAAGAGCUCUGGGGGCUUCAAGUCUGCCAGGCAGGUUCUGAUCAUUGAUGGCCGAGGGCAUCUUCUUGGGAGACUCGCCGCUAUUGUGGCCAAGCAGGUUCUGCUGGGCCGCAAAGUGGUGGUGGUUCGAUGCGAAGGCAUAAACAUCUCCGGCAACUUCUACCGCAACAAGCUUAAGUACCUGGCGUUCCUGCGCAAGCGAAUGAACACCAACCCAUCCCGGGGGCCCUACCAUUUCAGAGCACCCAGCCGCAUCUUCUGGAGGACAGUAAGGGGCAUGCUGCCACAUAAGACCAAGAGAGGCCAGGCUGCUCUGGAGCGACUGAAGGUCUUCGAUGGAAUCCCACCUCCCUAUGACAAGAGGAAGCGCAUGGUGGUUCCUGCUGCCCUGAAGAUCGUGCGCCUCAAGCCAACACGGAAGUUUGCUUUCCUCGGCCGCCUUGCCCAUGAAGUUGGCUGGAAAUACCAGGCAGUGACUGCAACCUUGGAGGAGAAGAGAAAGGAGAAGGCCAAGAUUCAUUAUAACAAAAAGAAGAUUAUUGUGAAACUCCGAAAACAAGCAGAAAAGAACGUUGAGAGCAAAAUCUCCAAAUACACGGAUGUCCUGAAGCAAUAUGGCAUCCUUGUCUAACUCCUCUCCUGUGUACAAUAAAUUUGUUAUCAAUUAA